CAACUCCUAAAACUUCCUCUUGUUCUUCUUCUUUCUCAUGUCUUUUCAAAAUUGUUCAUAUAUACAUUUAAAUAAAAAAUAUAUAUGUAAUUCUCAACAUGUAAAAUUCCAUUGAAUUAUUUCUUCUUUAUUAACAUUUUCUUAUAUAUAGUUAUAUCAAACGGCGGUGUCGUCUCCACGGGAUUCCCUUUUCAAAGAAUAAAUCUUGUUUUCCAUUUUCAUUUCCGAUCAAGAACAAAAAAAAAUUAUUAGUAUAUCUAAUUUUGAUUUUCAUUGUUGUUUCUUGAAAUGGGUCAUUGCCCUUGUUUUGGUAUGUUGAAUAGGAAGAGGCUGAAACAUGAUAUUAUCAUUAAAGAAUCCUCUCAUGGUUCGGGAUCGAAAACACGAGCAUUGUCGGGAUCAAAAUCAAGAUCGGGUUCCAUGUCGUCGAAAGUGAAUGUAGAAGUGAGACAAGAACAAUCUGUUGCUUCAAGUCAUAGAACAAAUCCUUCAAAUUCUUCUCAUAUGUCUCCAACAUUCACCUAUGAAGAGCUUGCAAUUGCAACCAAUAAUUUUAGUUCUUUAAUUGGCAGAGGCGGUUUUGGUGCUGUUUACAAAGGAAAAUUAGAAUCCACUGGUCAGGUAAUAGCAGUUAAGCAGCUAGAUUUAUCAGGCAUACAAGGAGAAAAAGAAUUUCUGGUGGAAGUUCUAAUGCUGACUCUAAUGCAUCAUCCUAACCUUGUCAAUCUGAUCGGUUUCUGCGCCGAGGGCCAACAACGUAUUCUAGUUUAUGACUACUUGCCUAUGGGAUCAUUGGAAGAUCACCUUUUCGAUAUUAGGCCUGGCGUGGAAGCCCUAGACUGGAAUACAAGGAUGAAAAUCGCCGGCGGAGCAGCUAAAGGAUUAGACUAUUUACACAGUGCAAAUCCUCCGGUGAUAUACAGAGACUUAAAAGCAUCAAACAUAUUGUUGGACGACUGUUUCAACCCUAAACUCUCCGAUUUCGGACUCGCAAAGUUCGGUCCGAUCGGAGACGAUUCCCAUGUCUCCACCAGAGUUAUGGGCACAUAUGGUUAUUGUGCGCCGGAAUAUGCCUCCACCGGACGGUUGACUAUGAAGACUGACAUUUACAGUUUUGGAGUUGUGUUUUUAGAGCUCAUUACUGGCCGGAGAGCUAUCGAGGAAAUUAGCCCUAAUCGUCAUAGACAUCUCAUUCAUUGGGCACUUCCUAUGAUGAAAGACAGAUGCAAUUACCUGCAAUUAGCAGAUCCAAAACUGAAAGGACAAUUCUCAAUGUCGGUAUUCACCAAAGCAAUAGAAGUAGCAUCAACUUGUCUCAACGAAAAUGCGAAUUUAAGACCUUCAACGAGCGAUUUAGUGUCUGCUAUGGAUUUUCUGGUUACGCAUAAAUUCGAAGCGAAAAAAGGAAAUUCAAAUUGGCCCGACAUUGAUUUUUCCCCGAGUUUAACCGCAGUUGUUUUAGAGAAAGAUUUAGCGAGAGAUCGCGCUGUUGCGGAGGCGAAAAUAUGGGGAGAAAGUUGGAGAGAAAAGAGAAAACAAAGCACACAUAGUAUCUCUAAUAGUAGUACCAACAGCAGGUUUCAACCUACUAUUGCUUAACGAUUAAUGUAUUUCCAUGAGAAAAAACUAUUUAAAAUGAAUUGAAAUUUUUUCUACUAAGAACUUGUUUAUGAGUUAAAAUGCCCAUUUAAAGAUCAAUAAAAACAAAGAAUUCUUAGUGUA